UGUGAAGUUAGUAUAAGUUGUGACAAAUUAUUAAAAGAAAACCUGACGGUGAUAAUAUCGGACAACAUGCUUAGCGGAUACGAGGCACAAACAGAGUAUUAUCCACAAUGGCAUCAACCAUAUAAUUAUGUCACUCAACUUCCCUACGGGCCUCUUGGCUCGGUUCCCGAUACUGACAGUCAAUAUUGGGGAGGCGCGGAUUCCGGUAUUUCGGGCGGUAGUUCAGGGGCCGGCAGUCCUACCGCUUCAACACCACCCCUUAUUGAAGAGAUUGGCGUUCAAGAAUCAAGUUACUCACCUCUGCAGCAAUACGUGCAUCCUUCGGCCGGUCAGCAUUACACUAACUUACCAUACCUCCAAGGGCAACAGGAAACGUCACUCCACCAUCAUCAUCAUCAUUCACAUCAUCAUCAUCAUCAUCAGCAUCAACCUAGUCAUCGACGUGAACAUGAGUUUGUGAGCGCUCAGAUAAGCCAGCAGGUUGUCGGCGGUACUCUUCAGCAUCUUCAUCAGGAUGUUCGCGAGAGUGGUGUUGCACCCAGACCGAAGAGACGAAACACUGCGAACAAGAAAGAGAGACGAAGAACUCAGUCCAUCAAUAAUGCUUUUUCUGACCUCAGAGAAUGCAUUCCUAACGUGCCCUCGGAUACAAAAUUAUCAAAGAUCAAAACUUUAAGAUUAGCCGCAUCCUACAUUGGAUAUUUGAUGGCGGUAUUGGAAAGUGACGAAGGAGAAGAACCUCAGACCUUUCGCGCGGAGAUCCUUUCGAGUGGUAGAAGGAAUAAAGCGACUCAACCUAAUCAAAAUGAAUCGUGUUUGCAAUCUGCCUCGAAUCUCAGCCAUGAAGAACCGACGAAGAGCAAAGGACGGACGGGUUGGCCGCAGCACAUGUGGGCCCUCGAAUUGAAGCAAGAAUCACCGACCAACCAAAUGCAAUAAAAU